UGUCGAGGCCUUAAACAGAGAGAGGGGGUUAGAAGAGAGAAGAGAGAGAGGUGUGGGUCUGCUGGGGCAGCUGCUGGAGCAGAGAAAUUGGCAAGUCAAUGAAUCCACCCCGAAGAUCGAAUGGCCCGAUGAGAGCCUGGUACAUUUUAGAGAGGGCCGUCUCAAUGUUACUUUGACGAAUUCAGUUGGGACGCGUUCUGAAGUGUCCUUUGCUGGUUACGACCGUGACCCAAAUGAGAGACACGAGGCACAUUGUGCAUCAUUGGCUGUGCAUUGUGGUAGCUUUGUACAGCAUGUGAGUAUUUAUAAAUAUUGACUCUUUGGAUAACUAUGAACUGCGGUUUUGUUAAGUAGGUGGGUAUAAAGAGGCAUUCGUUAAAUUGCUGCAGAGAUUGCGUUGCGUUUAAAAAGGAUGUUUUGCGGAUUAAUUUUGUAAAGAACGAGGAAAUGCUCUCGAAGCUUAAGGCUAUUUGGCCUGCCGAGGGAAUUAAUUAAAUCGACACCUUUUUACGGACCCAGAACACUUGACCGUACAAACCCACAGCCACAUCGCUUCAUUCCGUAAGAAAUCCACUCGAAACGCAACGUUAAACAAAACCCCAACGCGGGACGCAUCUCCUGGAGGAACCUCGACCGAUCACAUCCGGAAGAGGCGCGCGAGCUGUCAACAACAACAACAACAAAGGCCUCCUUUGGCUGUACUAUGCUCGUCAUCAGGUCUCCAGUUCCUCUGCUCCCCCAACAAUGGAACCGGCAACUGGAGCUCAACCGCCAUCCCUGCCAUGGCCAUGACUCCCGAACACAUGAGGCCCCACAACUCGGCGUUCCUGGGCUUGGGCCUGGCGCUCGCCUCUACCAUCUUCAUCGGUGUCAGCUUCAUCCUCAAGAAGAAAGGCCUCAUGCGAUUGGCUCGUGCUGGCUCUACACGCGCCGGUGACGGAGGUCAUGCCUACCUUAAGGAGUGGCUCUGGUGGGCAGGGCUUAUAACAAUGGCGGUGGGCGAGGCGGCCAACUUCGCCGCCUACGCGUUUGCACCGGCCUCGCUUGUCACUCCGCUGGGCGCCCUGAGCAUCCUCGUCACGGCGGUGCUGGCUUGGUGUGUCCUGGGGGAGAGGCUGGAGCACCUGGGUCGGCUGGGCUGCCUGCUGAGUGUGCUAGGGGCGGUGGUGAUGGUUGUCCACGCUCCACAGGACGUCGAGGUGGCCUCGCUCAAUGAGAUGUUGAUUCACUUACAGGACCCAGCGUUCAUCACGUACGCGGUGCUGGUCGUGUGCGUCGCCGUGGCCCUCGCCGUGAUCGCCGUGCCCCGCUUCGGCAACAGCAACGUCCUCGUCUACGUCCUCAUCUGUUCCACCGUGGGCUCGCUGUCCGUCGCCUCCGUCAAGGGGCUCUCGCUCGUGCUCAAGGAGCUCUUCAUGGGGAAGUCCGUGUUCACACAGCCCCUCACGUGGGGCCUCCUCAUCUCGCUGAUCGCCUGCAUCACCACCCAGAUCAACUACCUCAACAAGGCGCUGGACACAUUCAGCACGCACGUCGUGACCCCCGUCUACUAUGUCGCCUUCACCUCCUGUGUCGUCAUCUGCUCCGCCAUCCUCUUCCAGGAGUGGCGCGGCGUUGGGGCCGUGGACGUGCUGGCCAUGCUGAGCGGUUUCGGAACGGUCGUCAUCGGGAUCUUCCUGCUGAAUGUGAACAGCGAUGCCAGUGGCGGCGGCGGCGGCGGUGGUGGUGCGACGAACCUGGACCUGUCGCACCACAGCGCAUCUCGCCGCGCACUUCUCAACAACGAGGAGGAUGACGAGGAUGACGACGUAGAAGCACGGAGCACGAGGGACCCGGUCAGCCCGGGCCGCAUGACGCUCGACAGAAAUCCCAAGUUCACGAAGAAAGCGCCGUGACCGGCGGCGCUGUUGAUGAUGCGUUUGUGACCGUCUCCUUUGUGUGUGUGUGUGACUGGCUUUGUGUUACUCUGUCUGUCCGUCUAACAGGACAUGCGUCUGUCUGCCUGUCCCCCACCCCCGUGUGUGCGUCUUACUGUCCGGCCAGGUGUGGUCUUGGACACACCACCCUCUCAUGUUGGCCUUGCUAGGUGCUUGCUAUAACAGCACUUGCCCGUACAGUCUAUAAUAAGUCUGUACGGGAUAUAUUUGUUUAUGAUGUGAGGGAGCACAUGUCUGCAUAUGUGCGCUUGUUGACACGCAUGCCUCUUAGCUAUCUGAACAUUUUUCUUACGUGUAUGUCUGCCUCUCCCACAGCACUUCGCACUUGUCCAUUUACACUGUGCAGUACACACGAGCAAUAUAUUAAUCGGGACACAGCCUCAAUAAGGCAGAACCUGUAGACAGUGUUUGAGAGCCUGUGGCCAGGCAGUGGUAAAUACCUAUAGUGUGAGCUGGAAGUUAAUUCCUCAAGGUCUGUACCAAGCUGGGACUGGUACAGGGAUCAGGACUGAGUCCCUGUGUGGUGACUUGGGUGAGGGAUCGGGACUGUAGUUUCCCAGGAGUUUGGCUUUAAACUUGGGAAGUACUGAGUUCUUUGAAGUUUGAGUAACCAGAGUAUGAACGUCAGGAAAGCUGCAAAAAGGGAUCUGAACAAAAGGAAUAUUUUGAGAAAGAGAGGGUAUGGGUAAACGAUCUAGGGUGUGUUCUAAUUGAAGGGAGGAUAUGGGUCAAGGAUCAGGGCUAUAUCGCAGGAUCUGGUUGCAUUGAACACUUUGUACAUUCAUAACCCUUAUGUGCGAGUCCACUGCUGGAUAAGGGCCUCCCCCAUGCCGGGCAGGUUGUGUAGAUGAUUUGACCAUUUUAACAACACUGGUCAGUACAGAUUGGUGAAGAUGAGCAUAGAUAUGUGAGUUUGUCAGUGCAGUGCAACAACGGAUGUUGCUGCAUUCCCCCUCGUAGCCUGACAAGCCCCGUGACAACACAGUGUGCCCAUGACAGUGACUCAUCCAAGCGCUGUCUUCACCGAAGCCUGUUUCGCUUCUGUGACCUCGUGGGACUGGAUGAUUGGGUCGUAGGCAAAGGGCAAGAACCCCUCAAGCGGAAUUAUCUCUUAACAGUUGGCCACUUCUCAAGCGGUGCAAGGGGGCAAAAGUUCGCACGGGAGUCCCGAGUGUGUGUGAGUGACGCAACGACGAUCCCCCAAGGUCUCCGCGUGGAGGCGGAACCCGUUGCUCCGCUUGUCUCGACGCCUCGGGCACAAACCCCCUCGUCUCACCAGGAAGCCUAAUUUGUGUAAAGAAAAAAAACUACAUGUGAAGACGUUUAUUUUUACACCGAUGAAGGCCAAAGUAAUUUAUAGUCUUGUAUUUUUAUUUCAUAAUUAUCCGGUCCCUAUGGCCAGGAUUUUAAUGCUGCGUUUUUAUUUUUGUAUUGAUGGCUGCGCUAAGUGUGAGCCAAAUGGGGAGUCGGGGUAAUUGCUGCUAAACCAAACUUUACAAUCAUCUCUUCCGGUGGACUAGAAAACUGGCACCACUUUUUGGGAAGUCAACGGUGGAAGACUUGUCCACCAUCAUGGGAAUGUGGAAUUUCCACCAGUGUGACGAAUAAAAUGAGCACCAUUCCUAUUUGCUUAUUUGAGCAGGGAAAUGUAGAGAAGUGUUUUACAAACCUAAUAGAUAAAGCACGUUUACAGUGACCCACUAUGGUGAUAAGUCGGAGCAUUAACCAACUCCCACCUUCGGUACACAACUACUGUAUACGGCUCCUCCUCGCCGUCGGAGCUCACGCCAUAACUAGACGGGACUUGCGAGAUGUCUCUCUCUCCAUGGACCAUGUCGCUGUUGACUGCUGGGUGGGGGGGGCUCUGGGUAAAAUCACGAUGGCCCCAUCGGUAAUCGUACCGGUGAAUGAUGUCAUCGCGCUGACGUGUCUUGCCAUCGCACCAUUGUUACCCCACCCCGCUGAGCUUUGCUAUGCCAGGGUAGACUUGCACAUGUGCUCACGUUACUUCGUUUGCAAGGAAUGGCAUUGUGGGAUUCCCUGACCCCCCCCCACCUCCCCAAAUAAUGCCACAGGGCUAAGAUGUAAUUUGCGACAUGAUUGGCUUAGCCUGCACUUGUUAUUUAUUUUGUUUGCUGCUGAUGGGCAUUGUUAUUCAUUGAACGUUGUUAGUUGGAUUAUUUUCAAGUCUUAAGAGUCUGCCAUUUUCUGUGUAUAGGCCACUCAGGAACAAAGGGUGUCUGCUUAACAGCCAAAAUAAGCCAUAUGGCAAUAGGAUAGUAGAGCUACACUGCACUGAUGAGCCAUAGUAAGAGAAAUAUAACAAAAUAUUUGCGAUGUGUUUAGCAUAAUGGUUCUACUUUUAGAAAUUAUUCAGAAUAAUUGUGGAACUUACUGAGCAGUUGUCUUCAAAUAUUUGUAGUACUACAUCGCAGGGUAUUAGAGUUGUAUUAAUCACUGAUGAUCUCUUAAAAACGUGAAACUUUUGAAUAAUUGACAUGGGUAGAAACGUUAUACUGUCACUCAUAUCUAAUAAUGGUGAAAACGCUGAACAGCUGUAAUCGCUGAUCUCUAAAAAUAAUCUAAGCGGCUGCAAUAUUGAGUAUCAGAACUAUAUCCACCACUGAUGGUCCCUAAUAAUAACCACAGCUCUAAAUAAUUGCCAUGGAGAGUAGCUGAGCUACCUUACUCAAUGAGCUCUAAUAAGGGGGCUAGCCAUGCAGCUGGUGGCGUAGAAAACAGGCUGCCUAACCGUGCAGGUGUUAUGCACGUGUGUGUGUGUGGACUCAACAGGGUCGUGUUAUGGGUGGGUUUGUUCAAUGGCUUCAGUCUAUACACAAUGACAAAGCACACAUUUGGUAAAACAAAAGGGGAGGGGUGGGCGGAAGAAAUGUUAAUGUUUUUUAAUUAAAAGUCAAAAAUCA